AUUGUUUCUCACAACGUAAUUUCCUGACAUUCUUAAACUUUAAUCUUCAAUCAUUCUCGUACCGCACAUCAAGUGUCAUCAAGUUUAUUACCAACAAGAUCAUACUUAAUCAUUAACCUGAAAACCGUAACCGCGUGAUCAAUUAAAAACCUACGAUGCUUCGCGUUCUAAAAAAAAUUCAGCUCUCGAGGGCUUUUGCAUCAGCACCACCGGCACCAGAGUUAAAUCCUUCAAUAAUGUACGCUGGGCUAUUCAUCGACAACGAAUGGCGCAAAUCCGCUUCAGGCAAAACCUUUAAGACAAUAAAUCCCACGACCGGUGAAGUCAUAGCAGAAGUCCAAGAAGCUGGUGAAGAAGAUGUAAACCUGGCUGUCAAAGCAGCUCGGAAUGCUUUCAAAUUGGGAUCAAAAUGGAGAACGAUGGAUGCAUCACAACGCGGUGUCCUUCUUCAUAAAUUAGCAGACUUAAUUGAACGUGAUCAUAUAUAUCUUGCUUCUCUAGAAACGCUGGAUAAUGGAAAACCUUUCACAGCAUCUUACGGCUUCGAUGUACCCCAGAGCGCCUCCGUACUCCGAUAUUACGCCGGCUGGGCUGACAAAAAUCAUGGAAAAGUCAUUCCGAUGGACGGAAAAUUCUUUGCUUACACGCGACAUGAACCCGUUGGUGUCUGCGGUCAAAUAAUUCCCUGGAACUUUCCUUUGUUGAUGAUGGCCUGGAAAAUAGGACCAGCAUUAGCAACAGGAAACACGGUGAUACUAAAACCAGCAGAGCAGACCCCGCUGACGGCUCUGUACCUCGCUUCGUUGAUAAGAGAAGCCGGUUUCCCACCCGGAGUCGUAAAUGUCCUUCCCGGAUUCGGAGAAACUGGCGCUGCGCUGGUGAAUCACCCGAAAAUUGACAAAAUCGCGUUCACUGGAUCAACAGAAGUCGGGAAGUUGGUUAAACAGGGCGCGGCGAUGAGCAACUUGAAGCGAACUACUCUAGAGUUGGGCGGAAAGUCUCCGAAUAUUAUUUUGAAAGACGCUGAUAUGGAUUAUGCCGUCGAAACCGCCCACUUUGGUUUGUUCUUCAACAUGGGACAAUGCUGCUGUGCCGGGUCCAGGACUUUCGUCGAAGAUGAUAUUUAUGAUGAGUUUGUUGAAAAAAGUGCUAUCCGCGCUCAGAAAAGAACCGUAGGAGAUCCAUUUGACCCAAAUGUCGAACAUGGACCCCAAAUUGAUGAAGAGCAAAUGAAUAAAAUUCUGACAAUGAUUCAAAGUGGCAAAGAUCAAGGCGCUAAAUUAGUUAGCGGAGGUGACAGAGUCGGUAGUGCCGGUUAUUUUAUUGCUCCAACUGUUUUUGCUGAUGUCCAAGACGACAUGACUAUCGCUCGUGAAGAAAUAUUCGGACCAGUCCAACAAAUAUUGAAAUUCAGCGAAAUUGAUGAAGUAAUAGAACGCGCUAAUAAAACAGAUUAUGGACUAGCUGCCGCUAUUUUCACAAAAGACAUCGAUAAAGCCAAUCAUUUAAUCCAGGGAUUACGUGCCGGCACAGUUUGGGUAAACACUUACAAUGUCCUCGCAAACCAGGUGCCCUUCGGCGGCUACAAAAUGAGCGGACACGGCCGCGAGCUCGGCGAAUACGGACUCGAAGCUUACACAGAAGUUAAAAGUGUAAUUAUGAAAGUACAUCAAAAAAAUAGCUAAAUAUUUUCCAUCAUUACUUAAAAAUUUUAAAUUAACGCUCAGUCCCGCCAUAUUAAAUUUGUUACCUUUUACAAAUACAAGUACAAAAUUUCCGUAAUCGUACAUAUAUAUGUAUAUAUAUAUUUUUUUUUGUAUUU